ACCGCGUUUGCGUUUGUCUUUCCAUCUAUCUCGACAGUUGUCGCGGUCUCGGUCACAAAUAUACUCCUUCUCUGCCGAAGUAUCGAAACUAGCUCGUUUCCAUGGCACGAUUGUCUAUCUCUAGCUUCGCUCUCCCAGAGCGGUCGUCACAACUCCAAGCUGCCAAAACCGAAAGGACAAAGGACCUUUGCUUAUUAUCAAGCACACCAUUCUUGUGAUUAUGCAUAGAUGGAUGUACCGUAUUUCCAAACUUCCCCUGAUUCGCCGAAACUUCAGAGUUGCAUGCGAAUGGUUCCCGUUUCGUUGCGCACCCAUAAAUGUAUCUUCCAUCCAGAGGACGGACCGACGGACGAUUGCCAUAAUCUCCGGGCAUAAUAAUACAACUGGGAGACAAGAUAUAUCGUACCGGACCGUCUAACGUUACCAUGACCCUGCCCUUCUUCUUUAGAGCGAUUACCCUGGAUGGUCCUUGCUCCAGUUUCCACUUCUUGAACUGUUAUCCCAUAAGGAAAUUGUCGGUUCGUGUGCGAAACAUGAAACGAACCAUUGUCUGUAUACUUUCUGUAUCCUCGCGGGGUUGAAAUAUACCCACGGAUGCGGUACGUGGAUCCGGAGCAGUCAUUUCGGCUAAAGUUCUUUGUCCUCUACCACAGUGCCUUCAUAUACGAAGGUUUGUACCCCUCAAUGCGCUCGCCGGCGUCUCUGGUAGUUGUUUUGCCGGGUCCGGGUGGCAAACGAUGAUGGAGAAUCCUCCAGCCUUUUGUGUAAAUGUCAGGUCUGAAGGCCUUCAUAAUGAUUAUUCUAUGGUAUGCACUCGAGGGGUGUAUGUCGCGUGUGACUAGAUCGGGAUCCACAAACAAUCGAAGCAGCCCGAUCAAUGGAAUGUCUCGGACGGGUACCGUCGACGCCUGCUGGUAGUUGACCAUGAUCGCGGCUAGUCACAGCGUCGGCUAAUGCUACCGGUUGUUCUGGACUUCCCCACUUCACAGAAGGCUUGGACUAUAAAGUGCAAGCCCGGCACGUCAUGUACUGCCAAACCACUCCUGCCUUUUGGCCUUUGCAGUACUCUUUUGACCACACGCUCCUUAUAUUUCUCGCUCUAUGCCCAAAACUCGCCGCGCACGUCGCAACGACGCGUCUUUACCAUACACGCGCAAGAAUCCAACCCAAGAUGCUGCUCGCGCAUCAUUAGAAUACACCAUUAGUCUCUCCGAGGCCACGCUUCUCAAGGCCACCCGUCAAAGGCAGCAGUCGCUGCUGAUACAACACGGACGCGACCCAAACCUCUACUCGCCAGAAAACCUAUUCCAUCGGCCUCCGAAGACGACAAAUACUCAGAAGGAUCUCAAGCCUGAGGAAAAGAAGAUUGCUUGCACUCUCUGCGAGAACUCUGCUGUUAAACAAAAGGGAAGCAAGGCAUGGAAAACACAGCCAAUAUCGGUCGAUGACAGAAGCCGCGGACGUCAUUGCUAUGGCCAUCAGGCUCACUGGGAAGCGCUAGCCCGCGUUCUCAGUAUAGACCCCCAUGAACUCCAGGCUUACUGGGGUUGCCCUGUUCCCGGAUGUUCGACAACAAUGUUCGUCGUUCGCUUAGAAGGGAUUAAAUCCCACUUCAAAACACACAGGGAAGAGGAACUCGAAGCCCUUCUUGGGAAGACUCUCGAAUGCUGCGGGCACAAAUUCCAGGUCAUCAAGAAGGCCAAGGGUCGCCAGUCCUCCACUUCCUCUUCUUCUGCUGUGAAAACUGGCGUCAUCCCUGUCUCACAACAUGAGGAUCAUCCUUCCUCGUCCUCGUCCCCGUCCUCGUCCCGGCUCUCGCCUUCGCCCCCCUCCUCCUUCUCGGGCUCCUUCUCCUUCUCGUCGCCCUCUCCCUCCACCUCCUCCAUCGCUCCAGAAAUCAAUCUAAACUCAUCAGACUGGCAGUUUUUCACCAAGACCACGACCACACCCGGGCCCGUGUCCACGCCCGCACCCCCGACUACGCCUUCCCUCUCACCCGAUAGCAGUCCUUCCGACUUCGCAUCGUCCGUUGAUACUUCACCGGGAAGCCCAGAUGAUUCAUCUCUCGGGUCCAUCCUCUCUGCACCAACUGCUUCAACGUCUGGGGAAGACUACUAUACUCCUAUCUCGAACUCUGAACUGUUCGAAUAUUCGCAGACGUCGGCUUCGAGCUCAUUUACCUGGGACGACUCGCUGUUAGACCCUUCCUACUUCCAAAUCGAUGAACAAAUGGAUGCUAUUUAUCGCGCCGAAAGGUCUAUCGUCCCGUCCUCGUUUCUUGUUGACCAGGUCUGCUACGACAACGCCUUUGACGAUCCUUUCAAUGACUAUGAGCCCGUGCUCAUUACUCGCUACUAGGGCUGGCAAGGUUUGGCCGCAUUUCUCUUCAACAUUUGUCUUAAUCGUCCUCCUAUCUCGUCCUGUCUGCAUCAGUUUUCCUCCCAUGUCUCGCUCUCAAUGUUGUUUCUCUUGUUCUCGAUCGCACCACAUCUGUAUCGCUAGCUCUCGUAUUUUUUAAUUUCAUCUCUGGAACCAUCGCAGUUCACUAGUACUACUGCCCAUUUUCCUAAUACUUGAUCCUGAAGGGAUCCUUAUCAUCAUCCGCGUAUAAUGAUUGUAUUAAACGCAUACUGUAGCCAGAGCCAUUCUAUUUUAUCAUAAUUUAUAUAUAAGUACUUCCCAAUUCUCCAUCAGAAUUCGCCAAUGCGGGCGGCUAGAGU